AUGCAGAACUUGAUUGUUGUGGGUUGCCAAACCCAGUUUGUUUAUUACCUAACUUACAGAAUGUCAGUGUCCGCUUACUGUAUAUUUUGCUAUAGACAAAUAGGAACCUCUGGUCCAGCCACAAAAACACACCUACCCUGGAAUGAUAUCAGAAAAAUCGCAAAGGUAACUGGAUCACUUAUACUAGGAGGUUUUGUAUUCAUUACGUAUGAAGUCCUGUCGUUAAAGAAGUUACUGCAAAUCGAUACUCAAGCUAUACAUCAAGAAAAACUUAAAUCCCAUGUAUAUGUACGUACAGCUUCUCUAAAUCCAAGUGAAUAUCAAGGGAUCACAUACCAAGCCAGAAAAGAAAUCCAUAAAGCAGUGAGGAAAAUUCUAGAAACAGAAGCUAAAAUUUUCCGGAGACCUUUUAAUGAACAAUUCAGCACAUUUGAUGGAGAAGAUCAUGAAUGUGCCUUAUGGCUUCUUUUAAAGAGAAGUCAGUCAGAAGACAAAGAGGUCCGACUGCAGGCUGUACAAGACCUGGCAAACAACAGUCACUGGCAUGAUUAUCAGUAUGGUACAGUUGCCCAAACCUGUGAUCAAAGGACUGCUAUAGGUCUGGCUCGAUCCAAAGAUAUCGACCUUCGCUUCUUCCUGCCUCCACCACCAAUGCCAAAAAUAAAGAAUGAUUAUCCCAUAGAAGAUGAACUUCGCUUGUUGUUAGUAUCUUUACCUCAGACUGGUCUUGAUCCAUGUGUCCAGUACUUCACAUCUCUUGCUUUGCGUGAAAGUAGUCAGACUCUCGCUGCGCAAAGGGGAGGCUUAUGGUGUUUUGGAGGAAAUGGACUUCCAUAUUGUGAGACGUUGAGUAAAAUCCCUUCAGAGACAGUGGAACUCUUUUGCUUGCAAGCUUUAGUACAGCAUUCUAAGGUUUCUUCUCACUGUGAUAAAAUUGAAGCUAAAGGAGGCCUUCAGCUACUACAGAGGAUAUACCAGCUACGUAAAGAUUCAGCAAAAAUACAAAGGAACAUAAUUCGCAUUAUUGGAAAUAUGGCUUUGGAUGAACGUCUUCAUUCAUCCAUAGUACGUGCAGGUUGGGUUUCUGUACUUGCUGAAGUAAUGAAAUCCCCACAUGUCAUUCAGUCUUCUCAUGCAUCCAGAGCUUUGGCUAAUCUAGACAGGGACACAGUGGAAGAAAAGUAUCCAGACGGUGUUUAUGUCUUACAUCCACAAUAUCGUAGCAGUCAGCCCAUCAGAGCAGACAUCCUCUUUGUUCACGGUCUUUUGGGAGCAGCAUUUAAAACCUGGCGACAGCAAGACAUUGACCGGCAUUUGGAUAAAAAAGCUUCAGAAGGGGAAGAGGACUAUAGCCAGUGCUGGCCAAAGACAUGGCUUGCUUCAGACUGUCCUGCCCUUAGAAUCAUAUCUGUGGAAUACGACACCCAUUUGAGUGAUUGGAAAGCCAAAUGUCCUGUUGAGGCUCACAGGAAGUCUAUUGCUUACAGGAGCAAUGAGCUUCUUGACAAGCUCAGAGCUGCUGGGAUUGGAGACAGACCUUUGGUGUGGGUAUCACAUAGCAUGGGUGGUCUUCUAGUCAAAAAGAUGUUGGUGGAUGCUUCCAAGAAUCCAGAAAUGGAUAAAAUUGUAAACAACACCAGAGGAAUCAUAUUUUAUAGCGUACCUCACCAUGGUUCCCAGCUGGCUGAAUAUUCUAUAAAUGCCAGAUAUCUUCUCUUUCCGUCUGUGGAGGUUAAAGAACUCAGCAAGGAUUCUCCUGCCCUUAAAGAGCUGAAUGAUGACUUCCUGUCUUUUGCCAAAGAUAAGAAAUUUUCAGUGCUGAGUUUUGCAGAAACCUUACCAACACACAUAGGCAGUAUGAUAAAACUGCAUGUCGUACCUCUGGAAUCAGCAAAGUUGGGAAUUGGAGACCUUAUUCCAGUGGAUGUUAAUCAUCUAAAUAUUUGUAAGCCAAAGAAGAAGGAUGCUUUCCUGUACCAACGUACAUUGAAGUUCAUUCAGGAUGUUUUAGCCCAAGAACUUGGAGACUGAGUUUUUGCCAUCCUUGGCUGCUUAUUUCUUCUAUUUGGUGUAUCACAGUAAGUUCUUCUCCUAAUAUUUGUUAGGGAAACUGCAGAACUACAAAGAUCCUAUGUCAAUAGUAUCUGCUGCUAAAAUAAUUUUCAGUGCAUC